GGGGGGACGAACCGCCGCACACUUUUGGCCACUGCACGGGAGAGGGGGGACGGAGGCUGCAUGUGCGCAGCGUCGCUCGCGGAUCUCCCGAGACUGAUCUCAGCAUCCCGCAGGCUCAGUCAAAAGCAGCGACGAAACAUCAGCCGCUGCCAGACAUGGAUGAAGGAAUCUCCCGCUUGCCGGAGAGGCAGCUACUGGAGCAUAGGGAUUUUAUAGGGCUGGACUACCCUGCCCUGUAUAUGUGCAAACCCAAAAGAGGAGUGAAGAGGGACGAGAGCAAGGAAACGUACAAACUGCCACAUAGACUGAUAGAAAAGAAGAGGCGAGACAGGAUUAACGAAUGCAUUGCCCAGCUGAAGGAUUUAUUGCCCGAGCAUCUGAAACUAACGACGCUGGGACACCUGGAGAAAGCGGUGGUGCUGGAACUGACUUUGAAGCACUUGAAAGCACUGACAGCCUUAACAGAGCAGCAGCACCAGAAGAUAAUCGCUUUGCAGAAUGG